AUCAGGAAGAAGAUGGAAUCAAGCUAAUGCCCCGCAAACCGCCCUCUCCAUUCCCGGUACUGGUCUACCGAAGGAACAAGCUUGAUUCCCACUACCUAGUCAUAUCUUUCGUCCUUGCCUCAUAAGCCCAUCACCUUCUUCUGGCUUUCAUCAUACUGGGGAAAACCUGUACUCGAUUGCAAUAUGGUGUCACCCCAGGUAGUCAUGGCCAUGAAGCUUACGGCGUCGUGUCUAUCCUCGAGCUGCGUCGUAUUCCGCACCGUCUUUGUUCACCGCCAUCAGCCACGCACCUUCAAAGCAAAGCUCGUACAUAUCUUUCUCUUUAUCACUUGUGUGCUCGACUUCGCCGCUGAUGGCACGUCGGCAUGGGCACUGAAUCAAGAGAUCACUGAUCCACAAUCUUUCGAAUCAUGGCAUCUGCGGACCGAAGUUUCGAAAGCCUUGUUUGCUUCACAUAUCCAUUACUAUUUUGCACUCACGGUCGUCAAAGCCGCCUAUCUCGCCUACUUCUCCGAGCUAUUUGUGGGCUCGUACACACGCAAGCGGUAUCUGAUACACCUUGCCAUCGCGAUAUGGUUCAUCGCCAACCUCACUGGGAUCCUCCUGCUAUUCCUGUGGUGCAGUCCCAUCUACAAGAACUGGCGUGACUUCGACGCCUCUGACCGGCGGUGUCCAAGCAUCUACGACCACACCGUCUUCAUCACGAUGGCGACGCUCACGAUCGUGAGCGACCUCGCGGUGUUGGCGGUUCCCUUGACACUGAUCAGCACGAUCCACUUCAGCCGGCGCAACCGGCGCCUGCAGAUCACGGGGCUCCUCUUCGUCUUCGCGAUCGGAAUGCUGAGCGUCGCGGCCACCGUGGUCCGCAUGUGUCUGAUCUUUACCGGGCUGCAGGCCGACGGCGGACUUCCCUGGUCGCUCGUCCGCAACACUAUGAUAUGGGCGCAUGUAGAGGUGUUCGCUGCCGUCUUGGCUAUCACCCUGCCCAGCUUCGGACUGGCGCUCUCCCGUGUGCGUGGAAGAAGACGAGGAAUGGAUUGCUCCUCCGACCAGAUGAUGAGUGCGCCCCGCAGUACGGGCGGCGGCUGUCCGGAUUGGGCGGACGCCGCAGAGCGGAGGAAGGCGAGUGUUGCGACGGUGGUAGAUCCGUGGCGCACGGCGGACUCGUCAGAACUCGACCUGGUGAUCACCGCCGCUGCCGCCGCAGAUAAACGCGAGAUGAUCAUGUUGCAGACUAGAAUGGAACAGGGGAGGAGCCCGCAAGUGGUGCGGUUCCAUGGUUCUGUGUCGCCGUUGGCGGGAAAUUCGACCACGAUAUGAGGAGCAAAAGUUUGUGGUGGUGGUGGAGGGUGGGGGGUGGUGGCUGGCCAUUGAAGUUUAGUUGAACUGGUGUAUGGAGUUCCGAGGGUGGAUUUGGCGUUCCGGUUGGGUGUGAUUUGAAUGAUCAUGGUACAUGUCUGAUGAAUGACGGCU